AAAGCAUUGGAAUUUUCACAGGUUGGAACAUAUUCUAAUGACAAAAAAUUUUGAGAUAGUUAUAAGUCCAGUUGAAAUGAAGUUGGCUCAUUAAAAGAACAUUAGCAUAUGCAGCAGAUUUCGGUGGCUGCCUCGGGUGGAAAAAAUAAAAUCUUUAUAUGCUUGUUGCCGUGGGAGCAAAUAUUCUUCAAGCCGACGAGAAUAAUAGUUCACUGUUCAGUAGUCAAGGACCAGCUGAAAUUUUUCCAGAAAAGUAGGAGUUGAAGUGCAAUCUUCUCAAAAAUAAACUGAGGAAUGAAGAUCAAACUUAAAAGGUUAUCUUAAUAUCUAAAAGUAACAAUGGUAGCAUGAUAUUUAGAGAGAGAGAGGCAAGGCCAUUGCAUCCUCAGCUCGCACUAUAUAAAUCCACUACCAGCACCCUCUUCUGCAAUUGGCCAUCUCUAUUUGCUCACGAAACCCAUGCGCUCGGAAUUAAUCUAUCUUAUGUAAGAGCCUAAAAAAAUUCUUCUUACGUUUCAUCUGUCACCUCCAAUAUAUACAUUUGACAUCAACCCGCCAACCCAUUUUGCUCUGCCACAGUGUCCACCACCGCAACGUCAAAAUUGGAAGAAAACCCUGUUGUUAUGGAAUCUCUGCCUUCUCCGACACCACCUCCACCACUUACACAAAAAUGGCAUACAAACCUUAUGCAAGUGCUACUUUUGGAGUUAAAAAUACAAAGUCGGAUAAUCCUUCCCUUAUUAGCCAUGAAUUUGACAUGGUUUGCCAAGUUAGCUAUCACAACAGCUUUCCUAGGCCGGCUUGGAGGGCUCCCGCUAGCUGGUGGCGCUCUUGGGUUCACUUACGCUAAUGUCACUGGCUUCUCUGUUUUGAAUGGUCUUUGUGCUGCCAUGGAACCUGUUUGUGGUCAAGCUUAUGGAGCUAAAAAUUUUAGGCUACUCCAUAAGACCCUUCUUAUGACAAUUUUGUUGUUGCUACUAACAACCGUGCCUGUAUCUUUCUUGUGGCUUAAUGUUGAGAAAAUUCUCAUCAAUUUUGGCCAACAAGAAGAUAUUUCUGUUAUUGCAAAAACCUAUCUUUUCUACCUUCUUCCGGACUUGGUUAUCACUUCCUUGCUUUGUCCUCUCAAAGCCUACUUGAGCUCGCAAGGUAUAACAGCUCCUAUAAUGUUUAGCUCAGCUUUAGCUCUAGCUUUACACACGCCCAUCAACAUCUUUCUUGUAAAAGCCAAGGGUCUUGAGGGCGUGUCCAUGGCUAUAUGGAUAACCGAUCUUAUAAUUGUUAUUUUACUAGCUUCAUACGUGUUGCUGAAGGAAAAUGGUAAGGGAGGGAAGUGGAAUGAGGGAGGAUGGCUAGACCAAGGCGUUUAUGACUGGCUCAGGUUGCUAAAGCUGUCUGGACCAUGUUGCCUUACCACCUGCCUUGAGUGGUGGUGCUGGGAGAUCUUGGUCUUGCUAACAGGGCGGCUGCCGAAUGCCAAGCAAGCAGUGGGAGUGUUGGCCAUUGUGCUCAACUUCGACUACUUGCUCUUCUCUGUGAUGCUUUCGCUAGCAACUUGUGCUUCAAUUCGUGUGUCCAAUGAGCUUGGGGCCAAUCAAGCACGCCCUGCUUACCAGUCGGCAUAUGUUUCUCUGGCCAUGAGUUUGGUCUCAGGUUGCAUUGGAGCCUUGGUGAUGUUAGGAGCUAGAGGUAUCUGGGGACCUCUGUUUAGCCAUGACAAGGGCAUUAUAAGAGGUGUAAAGAAGAUGAUGUUGCUAAUGGCUUUGGUUGAAGUGGUAAAUUUCCCUCUAGCAGUUUGUGGAGGUAUUGUCCGGGGGACUGCUAGGCCAUGGUUGGGUAUUUAUGCCAAUCUUGGAGGGUUCUACUUUAUGGCCUUGCCAGUAGCUGUGCUUUUAGCUUUUAAAGCAGGACUCGGGCUUGGCGGGUUGCUGCUGGGUUUCUUUGUUGGAAUCACUGCUUGCAUGACGUUAUUAGUGGUGUUUGUCAUAAGGAUUAACUGGGAAGUAGAAGCAAAAAAGGCACAAAAACUAGCAAGCGACGUGCAAGAGACCAUUCAAGGAAGAGAAGAUCACGGAACAAGUGCAACAGUCAAUGAUUCUAACACAUGAGAAUGACUUGCCAACAUUUGUUUUGCUUGUAUUUAUAGCAUCUGUCGCCAUCAUGAAUAAUGCUAGACCUGGCAUGACUAUGAAAGUAUGAUUAAUAUGGUAAAAUUACUGAUCCCAAGAAGGACGCUGUGUAAAGCUAUAUUUCUUCCGUGAAAACUCCAAACGGAACUCCUCAACAUUGAGCACUCUGUCCAUUUCCGCUCCUCUGGUGGCGUCAGGAUUUACUUUCAAUGAUUCACUGUAAAUUGAACUCCCAAUAUCAUCUGUAGUUAUAUGGUUAGCCAA